AUGUCCGGACAAGCAGCAUUUAAGAGUGACACCUCUGGAGUAUCCUUGCUGAAAGCCAACGAUGACCAGAGUCCUUUGAUGAGGGACAGCAAGGGGGCACACAGUAAGGGGACACACAGCAAGGGGGCACACAGCAAGGGGACACACAGCAAGGGGACACACAGCAAGGGGACAGACAGCAAGGGGACAGACAGCAAGGGGGCACACAGCAAGGGGACAGACAGCAAGGGGACACACAGCAAGGGGACACACAGCAAGGGGACACACAGCAAGGGGACAGACAGCAAGGGGACAGACAGCAAGGGGACACACAGCAAGGGGGCACACAGCAAGGGGACAGACAGCAAGGGGACAGACAGCAAGGGGACACACAGCAAGGGGGCACACAGCAAGGGGACAGACAGCAAGGGGACACACAGCAAGGGGGCACACAGCAAGGGGGCACACAGCAAGGGGACACACAGCAAGGGGACACACAGCAAGGGGACAGACAGCAAGGGGACAGACAGCAAGGGGACACACAGCAAGGGGGCACAAAUCAAGGGGACACACAGCAAGGGGGAACACAGCAAGGGGACACACAGCAAGGGGACACACAGCAAGGGGGCACACAGCAAGGGGACACACAGCUAG